GAGAUAGGGUUUUAAACCUUAAAGAGGUUGCAAAACCCAAGGUGUAUGUUUUUCCUUUCUUUUGGUUGAUGCUUCCAUCCUCUUCCUCCUUCGAUUCUCCAGCGCCAAAAAUCAAAGAAGCUCUUGCAAAACCAAAACCGUUUCUACUGCGUGAAACUCAAAAAGGGAACCCCUUUUGAUUUUUUGGGUUCACUGGUUCAGUUCAAGUUCAAUGGGUCCUCGACAAUGUCAAGUUUGCAACCUAGUUCAGUCCAAAUACAAGUGCGCUUCAUGUUAUUUACCUUAUUGUUCUCUGGUUUGCUUCAAGAAGCACAAAGAAUCUCCAUGUGUCAAGCCACCGUCUUCAGAAGUCAAAACAUCUGCUGCUUUGGAAUCACCUGUAAAAAAGCCAAUAGUCAUUGAUGAACCAAUUGAAGUGUUGCAAAAAUUCCAACUGGAGGCUAUAGCCUCUUCCAGUGAGAUUCGCGAUGCUUUGAAUGAUCAAGCGCUUCAAGAACUAAUUUGCCGCAUUGAUUGUUCCCCAAAUGCAGAGAAUGAAUUUGAUAAAGCUAUGGCGGAGGAGGCAUUUCGCUUGUUCACAGACAAGAUUUUAUCAACCAUCAACCCCUAACUGCAAGCACACGCCGCGGAAAGCAAAAUUUGUGGAAGAAAGUUAAAUAUGAAAGGAACAACAGAUAGAACCGCUAAAGUCUGCAGGUUUAGUUUAAUAGAUAUAUUUAUUUUUCUGCUGUACAGCUCAACCCCAUUAUUCAGCUUUUUAUGUGUAAGAAACUCUAUCUUCAUUGAGCUAGUGUAGUGUAUGGGCCAAAGAUUGAUCUUGAUACACUUAGAUUUUGAUGGUAUAAUAUAAUCCUCAAAUCUGUGAGUGUUGUCCUUUGCUCUAUGGAAUUUUAGCUUUACAUAAA